CGCUGACAAAAACACACACACACACUCUCUCUCUCUCUCUAGUGCCGAAAGCAAGAGAAAGCAGAAAAAGUCACAACAGUGAGCUUUUCUUUUCAUUUUUUGUUGACAAAUGUAACUCUAACAUUAUAUAAAUUUUAUGCUUUCAGACUUUUAACUUCCAAUAAAGCCUUAAACUUUGCGGUUUUUUUCCAUCUUCGCAACGACCCUUUUACUCAGUUAACAACUUUUUUUGCUACAGUUCACUGAGACGCUAAAUUUCAUCUCUUUUUUUAACAAUUCUCAUCUGGGUCAAUCCAUGUCUUCAGAUAUAAGCUAAAGUUCCCUUUUUGAAACCCAUGGAGACUUGCAAUUUUAAUGCUUGUGUAAAUUUGGUUAGUUCUGUUUUUGUUUCAACUGUGAAUCCUUCUAGAAGUUUCUGAAGCAUUGGUAGAGUUGAAAGGUUGGGAGGAAUUUGUGAUGAUGGGUAGGGAUCGGUUGUUAUUGGCGACGGUUGGACCGCCAUUAAAACGGCGAGCAGGGUUGAGGAGGAAACAAGCUGGAAGAGGGUCUUAUAGAGGAAGCUAAAGCAAAGGUGGUGGUGUUUGUGGGAAUUGAAAGGGUUUUUUGUUGCUGUUUUUGUUGUUGGGUUGGUUGGUUUCUUUUUUUGGGGUGGUGGUGGUGGUGGGAGAGAGUGAUUAAUUUAAUAAAUAAAUAACCCUUUCUUCAAAGUGCCAAAGUUUUGGUUUUUGUUGAAGAAGGUGAAGAUGGGUGGUACUAACUUGAACCAAAUGCUGAGAAGCUUGUGUUUGGAUACUGAUUGGAAGUAUGCUAUCUUUUGGAAGCUACAACACCAUGCUAGGAUGAUCUUGACAUGGGAGGAUGCUUACUGUGACAGUCCUGCUAAUUGCGAUUCUUCCCAAAGUAUGUGUUGCCAGGAGACCUUGGAGCAGAUCUAUGGUGCGGAUUUUGCACAUGACCCUCUUGAAUUAUCUUUGACGAAGAUGUCAUAUCACGUAUAUUCGAUAGGGGAAGGUAUUGUUGGACAGGUAGCUGUUACUGGAAAGCACCAGUGGAUCUCUGCAGAUAAUCAAGUUACAACAAGUUCUGGUUCAUCGUCAUCUUUUAAGUUCGAUGAUGGAUGGCAAUCUCAGUUUUCCGCCGGAAUUAGGACAAUUGCUGUUGUAGCGGUUGUCCCACUUGGAGUUGUUCAACUCGGCUCUUUAAAUAAAGUUAGUGAAGACAUGGGGGUUGUAACUCAUAUCAAAAGCCUCUUUUUGUCGACUCACGAUCACACAUUAGGUUACCUUCCUAGUCAAAUCCAAAUUGGGAAGAAUUCUUCAUCUCCGCUGGAUGUAUCCAUGAAAACAUUGUCUUCGGAAAUUACGCCUGCUGACUUACACAACACACAAAAAACCAUGACGAGUAAAACAAUCGAUGUGUUAAUGCCCUUCCAAUGUCCUGCGAAGAAGUAUUCACCUCCCGCUGUUUAUCAGAAAGUGGCUGUUGAUAACGCCAAGCAUGAGGUGCUUGAAAUUAACGGCGAUCAAAGUUCCAUUUUGCUUCAGUCGAUGUCAAAUAUGAUGACUGCAGAGAAUCAGAAAUUAUUUGGCAUGAAACCUUCAAAUGGAAGGAAGUGUGAAGGAAACAAUAAUGGCUGCAAAAAAACUAGUUUUAAAUCCGACAAAAAUGGCUCAUCAUUUUUACACAAUUCAGUUAUGGAAAAUAAUAGUGCCAAUGGUUUAAUAAGUCUGUCAGAAAACGUCGGAGCUGAUUCUUCACACUUCCCUUCAGGCUUUCUUGAUGCAAACAUCCAAAAAAAUACCGAGAUGUCAAAGUUUCAAACUGAGUCUUGUUACAAGGAUACUUCGUACACGUUGAAGUUCCCUGCUGGCUAUGAGCUACAUGAAGCACUUGGACCAGGUUUUCUGCAAGGGAGUAAAUACUUUGAUUGGGCAGUACCAGAAAAUCAAGAUGGUAAAGCGGAUGAGAUGUCGGAUGAAAUUAGCUGCAGCCAAUUGACUUCUGAAUCUUGUCCGGAGCAUCUUCUGGAAGCUGUGGUGACCAAGGUUUGCCGUAGUAAUAACAAUGCUGAUAACGAGUUAUCGAUUUCUACAUCAUUGCACGAUGCAACAGCUUUUGGAAGAAAUCCUGAAGUUUCUAUUCAUGCGAAACACACUAUUAAUUCAGAAGGAUAUUCAAUUGAUCAAUCAUCUCAUGUUAAAAAGGACAUGCAUCGUAGUUUGAGUUCAUCAGGUAUAUGCGGUAUGAUAUCCGCAAGAAGUUUUUCUUCUACAUGUCCUAGUUCAUGUAGUAACCAGUUUGAGAGGUCUUCUGAACCGGCUAAAAACAGCAAAAAGAGGGCUAGACCUGGGGAAAGUUGUAGGCCUAGACCAAGGGACAGACAACUGAUUCAAGACCGUAUUAAGGAGUUACGAGAACUGGUUCCGAAUGGAGCAAAGUGCAGUAUUGAUUCAUUAUUGGAGUGCACAAUAAAGCACAUGCUCUUUCUCCAAAACAUAACUAAGCAUGCUGACAAGCUAAAUAAAUUCGGAGAAACAAAGACAAAAUUGCAUCACAUGGAAAAAGAUAUUCAUGGAUCCACUGGUUAUCAACAGGGUUCAAGUUGGGCUAUGGAGGUAGGAGGCCAUCUGAAAGUUCGUUCGAUACUAGUAGAAAAUCUUAGUAAGAAUGGCCAGAUGCUUGUUGAGAUGCUUUGUGAGGAAUGCACCCAUUUUCUUGAGAUAGCAGAAGCCAUAAGAAGCUUGGGUUUAACGAUUUUGAACGGUGCAACUGAAGCUCAUGGUGACAAGACAUGCAUUUGUUUUGUGGUUGAGGGCCAAAACAACAGGAAUUUACAUAGACUGGAUAUCUUGUGGCCACUUGUUCAAUUAUUGCAGUCCAAGAGCACAAUGCAAUCGUGAUAAUUGUUUGGUUUUUUAAAGUUCUAUGCUACUUCAUUGACGCAGUAACUCGAUCUUGGAAAUGAAGCUCAAAAUGUUAUGUUUCUUUCCAUCCUCCUUGCUUUCGCCAAGCAAAGAAAGCUUGAAAAAAAAGAAGGAAAUCAUCCUAAACAUUUUGAUACCAAAUUCAUGGAGGCUUUAAGUGUGUCAAUUAUCCAUUGUUUUGUUUUUCUUGUGUUCAUGUUUUGGAUUUUGUAUGUCUUUAUAAUAUGUUAUUAUAUGUGUAAGUCCUUGAAAUUAAAAAUAACAAAAUGCAUCAAACACAUAGCGGUGUCACUUAUUGUGUUCCAACCCUAUUGUUUGGUGUUUUACUGCAUAAGUCUUAGUGAGUUUAAAAUUGUAUAAUAGUUGAUUUAAUAUCUUUUUAGCUUCUGUAACAUACUUGGUUUUUUGUUUCACUUGA